AUGGGUAGUCCAGAAGAAAAUGUGCUCGCUUGCGAGAGCACAGCUGGAGUGGAUGCGGAAUUUGAUACAGCAGAUGCUUCAGACAAUGAGGCUUCCGACAUCGUUGAUUCAUCUGUAAAUGUAUCCGUGGAUCAAUCUGCUGGUGAUGCGAACACGUCUAAAGAGGGAGACAUAUCCAGUUCAGGAACGUUUAAAAAGGCUAAAAAGAAAUUUCGUCACGGCAAGAAGGGGCCAGGCACCUCUAAAGAUAAUACUGAUAGGAGCAUAGUGCGCAGAAUUUAUUAUACUCCUGCAAAAUUCAAGCAAUGCAGAAAAAGAGCUCAAAGUUUCCCUUCCAUUUCAAAGUUCUUCCUCCCGCAUAAGAGGCCACGUAAAGACGUUUUUAUUCCUCCAACAAAAUUUCUUCUUGGGGGCAAUAUCUCAGACCCAUUGAAUCUGAACAGUCUGCAGGACGAAGAUGUUAACAGAGCUAUGAAUGCUGUUACACCAGAAUCAUCACCAUUGCCUACGCCUCCAAGGCACAAGGCUAAAAUUGAUGUCAUCAUACCCCCAAAUAUUCGAGAUCCACUUAACUUAAUGGAGCCCCUGGAUAAUGAAGAGUAUGAAAAAAGGCUGGAGAUGCAACAGCGCAAGCCACGCAAGAAGCCGCGUUUGCGCCGACGCACUACUGAUAACACUUCACCAAAAUCAGAAGUGGUUGUGGAAAAGGAGGAGGGAAUUAAAGAACCACCUCCUCCUGAGCCCUCUACGUCAAAAUCUCGAAAGAGGUCAUGCAGUGAGAGUGAGAAUGCUGCACAGAAAGUGAAGGAUGCUAAGAAGUUACGCCGCAUGGAUUCUUUGGAUAAAAUUGUAAGUCCAGUGGUUCCACAGCCUGGAGCAUGGAUGCGUGCUAGACCCCAGUCGCGGCCGGCGGUGCCUGAACGCCCAGUCUCACCACAUCGCACUAAACUCAAAACUGAAGGAGAGCAGAAGCUACCAACAUUUCAUCCAAAAAAUUCAAGAUAUCAGUAUGGAAAUUACGACAGGUAUUACGGUUACCGCAAUCUUAAUGCAAUGAUGGAUGUACGUCUGCAAGUGUUUGAGAUGCACCGACAUUUGUUUCACCACAAGGAUGUCCUGGACAUAGGCUGCAAUGUGGGUCAUAUCUCAAUCGCAGUAGCGCGUACUCUCGGCGCCCGCUCGGUCGUUGGCAUCGAUAUUGACCCAGUUUUGAUAGGACGAGCAAGGAAGAACUUGCGAUCCUUCAUACCAGUUCCAACCGAACCGCCAAAGGCAGAAGAGGGAAAAAAGUCUGAAUUAGAAGAUGAUAAGAAAGAUUGUGAUAAGUGCAAAGAGCAAAAAUGUGAAGACUGUCAUAUUGAGAAGGAGGAACAUGACAAAUUGGAGGAAGACAAGAAACCUUUACCUGGGCGGAAGAUACGCAGACCCCGUAAGAAUAGGAAGGCUGUGAAUAAACAAGAAGGGCAAUGCUUUUUUCCGAUGUCAAUGUCGAUAUUGUAUGGUGCUCUUGGUGAUCCCGCGGCGGAGGCUACACCACCUCUAUUUCCUUAUAACGUCACAUUUAAACAGGGUAACUACGUGCCCCGAGAGGAAGUAGCACUAGGGUCGGCUGAGAUCCCUCAGUUCGAUCUUAUCUUAUGCCUGUCGACUACCAAGUGGCUGCAUCUGAACUGGGGCGACGCCGGUCUGAAGCGCGCCUUUCGCCGUAUGUUCAACGACCUACGUCCGGGCGGGAAGCUUAUCCUUGAAGCGCAGAACUGGGCCAGUUAUAAGAAAAAGAAACGCUUAACUCCAACUAUCUACGAGAACUUCAACUCCAUCGAGUUGUUCCCGAACAAGUUUCGGGAAUAUCUCCUGUCGCCUGAAGUUGGCUUCAGUAAGUGUUGCAUAUUGGGAGUGCCACAGCAUGCGAGCAAAGGAUUCCGGCGGCCGAUCCAAUUGUACAUCAAGGGAGAUUUUACACCCAGCAAGGCGCGCUGGUCGGAUGCGUACGCGCCGUCGUCGCACCAUCGGCCCGAGGCGGAGCCGCCCCGGCGGACAGUGUACGCGCCUGUGGCCCCCGCGUACCGGCCAAGCGACGAUGCGCCAUCUUGUGGCGCCGCCACGCCCUACUCGCCGAACUUGGACUGCUGCGCGGACGACUCGCCGUUCUACAACCCGCGCAGCGAUUCGUACGCGCCGUCGUAUCAGCCUCCGCGGCCGACGGUGUACGCGACGCUGCCGUCGCCGCUAGGCAGUGCGUCUCCCGCGGCUUCCCCCGCUGCGUCUCCCGCGCCGCAUGCCUCGCCCGCGCCCGACCCGCUCUCGGCCCGAGGCUUCCCUGAGCCGCGGCUCCACGACGACUGAACGCCGCCAAGCGGCCUUUCCGCCUUUAUUAUCUAUGUAAAUACUGGUUUUGAACCUGUAGGAUUAUGUUUUAAGCUGAAAGUAUUUUAUAUUAUACUUGUAAUGUAUUAAC